AUGAAGAUGGAAGUUCACAUCGUUUCAAGAGAAGUCAUCAAACCAUCUUCACCAACAGUUCAGCAUAAGAAACCCUACAAACUCUCCCUUUUAGAUCAGCUCACUCCCGCAACUUAUUCAACAGUUAUUUUCUUCUACCACAUGUACGAUGUCAACUCCGAUGAUAUCACAAGAACCAGAAUUGAUCACUGCAAGAAAUCUCUCUCAGAGACCCUCAAUAUCUUCUACCAUUUAUCUGGAAGGGUAAGGGGUAACCUUUUCAUUGAUUCUUUCAAUGAAGGUGUUCCGUACUUUGAAGCCCAAGUUAAUUGCCGCAUGUCCGAUUUCUUGAAACACAAUGAAAUUGAGUCGUUGAAUCGCUUACUUCCAUGCCAACCCUUUACCAAGGAAGAUGUGGAAGCACCUCCAAUAGCACUUCAAAUGAACGUGUUUACUUGUGGAGGAAUGGCGGUAGCCGGUGCUGCUUCGCACAAGAUCGUGGAUGGAGCAACAAGCAAGGCUCUCUUCUCGACUUGGGCAUCUAUAACUCGAGGAGAUUGCAAUAGUAUUAAACAACCUGAUCUCGAACAGGCAUCACUCUUUUUUCCACCAAGAAAUUCAAUUCCACAGAACCAUAUAUCUCUAAUGGAAACCUUGUGGUUCACAGAAGGAAAUUACAUUACAAGAAGAUUUGUAUUUAGUACCAAAGCGAUAGCCACGUUAAGGGCUAUGGCCACAGCUGGCAAGCCUGACGCAAAGACAUCAAGAAUUCAAGCGUUGACAUGUUUCAUUUGGAAAUCUUUUAUGGCUGCUUCAAGGGCAAUAUCAGGUUCACCAAAACCAUCCAUUUUGGUUGAAGCAGUCGAUCUCCGGUCUCGAACAAAGCCACCCAUGUCUUAUGAUUCCACUGGGAAUGCCUUCUGGUGGGCAACCGCGCUUGUUAACCCCAUGGGAACAAAGACAGAGUUGCCUGAAUUAGCGGACAUAUUGAAUGGGGUCACUGCACUCUUUGAUAGUGAUUACACAGAAACUCUACAAGGUGAAGAUGGGUUUGAAACAAUGACUGAAUACUGUAACCAGCUCGAAGAGUUAUUUUCUCUCGAAAAGCCGGAUAUAUUUGCGUUUACUUGUUGGUCUUAUUUUGGUUUCACUCAGACCAACUUUGGAUGGGGAGAGCCCAUUUGGGUUGGUCUCAUGGGAAAAGUUGGCCCUGCAUUCAGAAAUCUCACUGUUCUUAUUGAAACCGGAGAUAGAAAAGGGAUCGAGGCAUGGGUCACCUUAGAUGAGGAAAGAAUGACUCUACUGGAACGUGAUCCUGAAUUCCUGGCUUUUGCAUCUCCAGAUCCCAAGAUUUCAAGCCUUUGAUGUCUUUUCCUCUCGUAAUCCUAUCUUUCUAA